UGUUCCGUCGACUAAUUCCAGGCUCAGACAUAAUUAGCUAAAGAAGGUUCUCUCUCCCCCAACAAAUCACCUCAGCUAAAGAAGGUUCUCUCUCCCCCAACAAAUCUCGUUCAAAGGGACAUCGUUAUCACAGUUGUAUCGCAUGGUGAUGACUGAGAAACUGUUGGUGAGCGAAAAUGGCGGAAAGAGAUGGACACGGAUAGUGAAUGUUUAAGUAAAUCAUUACCGAGGAUGGGUGGAGGUUCAGGAUGGAAGGGCUUUUGCACCCAUGAAUGCCCUUUCUUAUUUUAAUUAACAAUCAGAAAGACUUAAUCUUGCCCAAAAGAACUUUCAUUUUUCAGAAUUAGUGCCAUUAAAUUGCCCUUUUUAUUUGGUGUUUAAGGCACUUCAUGGAAACCCAGUACCAUGUUCGAGUUUAUAUUUAUUCGAUUAUCAGCAUUCAGUCCUUCAUGCUUCUAGCUGGCACUGCAGCCUUUGUUCAUAGUUCUUCGUUUUCAAGUGAGGUAGGCAAGUGUAAUUUGGAUUCUGAUUAUGACAACCACCCUAAACGUGUCUCUGCGCCAUGCUCAUGGAAAUUUCUUAUGGAAUCUUACUUUGAGAAACAUGAUAGCCUCAUGGAUUCAGAUAUCCAAGCUUUCUUUGUACAUGAACUUCACCCUGCCACCUGUGAAGUAAUUCAACAAAAUCUGAAUUCUUUGCUUAGAAUGUCAGUCCUGCAUCGAAACUUGAUUGGAGAAGGUUCUCAUCGUCAUCUAUUUUCCUUCUUAAAAUUUAAUGUUCUGUCAGAGGCUACAUUUGAGCUACCUGCACACUUUUGUGAGGCUAUAAUUAUUGAAAGAUUACCUCAUGGAAUCUUUGCGGACCCAUUUGAGCUACAACAUCUUAUUGAACGUGGUGUGUUUGUUGAUGCCGCUGUUUUUGGAGACACUAAUCUGGAAUUACCUUCAGUCUUAUCCAACCGAUCAAUUGUUGAGGUUCAUGUGGAUAUUGGUAACAAUUUUUUAGCAACUAAUAAGGAAGGGGUAGAAAUUAAAUUGGAGCUCCCAUUACAUGCACGAUAUCCUCCCCUUGAUGGAAGUGGUUAUUCAGAAGUUGAGAUCAAUAAACCAAACUUGUUCGUGCAUUGUAGCGUGAAUGAACCACUGCAACAACAGGAUUGUUUAUGGUUGUUAAUAGAUGAGAGCACUCAACUCAAGACUAGCACAAUUGUUUGGAGAAUACCUUCUGGAAAUGAGAAGCAUGUCAAAGUUGUAUCUCUUGUUACCUUUACUGUGGCCUUAUUGUCCACCCUAUUAAUUGUGUUAACAUCCAUAUAUUCUUCCCAUGUUAAUAAAUACUAAAAGUCAAUUUAUGCUCAAUUAAGACAAUUAAGACA